AUGGGUUUUCUGGAGCUGCAGCUGUCUACUCGCAAAGCCACUGGUGCCUGCGUGCUGAUUGAAAUCCCAAAUCGCAAGCAAGCAACCUUGAAGCGAGAGAUCCAAAGGCAUGUGGCUCCUGGAUCGCUCAUUUUCACAGACCGUCACAAGUCGUACCACUUUCUGUCUCGUCCGAACAGUGGCUUUGUGCAUCGGGCUGUGAACCACAGCCGGGGCGAGUUUUCCCGCACGGAGCGCAUCUUCGGAGAAGACGUCGUGGUGACCACCAACUCCGUGGAAGGCUUGUUUGGUCGGCUCAAGCAAUAUCUGCGACAACGCAAAUAUGGCAAGGUCGGGAAGCCAGCUUACGGUGAGCUGCUGGCGGAGUUCAUGUGGCGCCAAAGGUGUUCAGCUUUCAGAGCAGAGCCUUUACGGAAUCUUUUCGGUGAGAUCCAAGCUUGGCAGAACCAGCAUCCACGACGUCCUGAGGUUCAGAACCCUUUCUCAGUCGACGACAUUCCUGUGGACAUCCUGAAUGACUUUCAAAGCCUUCUGGACGACCCAGAAGAUGUUCCCGCUGAUCGCGGUGAUGGUGUAAGCCCUUCAGAAAAUGUUCCUGCUCAUGAUGGUCGAGAUGCAAGCCCGCAGAGACCGGCGCCGCCUUUGAUGCAAGCUGCAGCCGAGCCUUCUCAACCUCCUGCCUUCAAGCCACCCUCGCCUUCCAUUCCCUGUAGCGUGAAAGCAGAGGCAAGUAGCGACUCCGACUUGGAAGUUCUCUACAUUAAACCUGCACCCAAACGACCAAGACGUUCUUCUGACCCCGUGGUGCCGGUGAAGUUAGAGGAGGAUGCCAGUCGAUGUGCGCAGCUGCCGCUGGCUACUUCGAGUACGGGGGCCGGGAGUAAAGUGAGUAAAGAUGUCAAGGUCUUCUGUCAGCAAGGUCAUGAUCUGAAGUUGGUUCCGCCGCCUGCAAAUGUUAUCCUGAACCAAAGCGAGUAUGCGUACUUUAACGUCAGCUGUGAUGUGUGUGACACUCAAAUCGUGGGUGAUUUCCACAGGUGUGAUGUUUGUAAACUGGACUACUGCUUUGCUUGUGCACAGACUAAGCCAGCUGGAAAGCGCAGGGCGCGCAGCUGA